GCGCGACAAUAGUAAAAAAUUAAAUAAAUUAAUUAAUUAACUGCCGAAAUCAACAAAUUAACGAAAAAUUAAUGAUUGUUUACGAUCAAAACAUCGCCACCUCUUUUAAUACCACAUUGAUUUGACAGUUCGACAUUGCGCACGAUUGUUGUUGAUUAUGGCGGAGAUCAUGGCGGAGAUCACUCCGGUGGACAUUCCGGCGGCGGAGAUUACUUCAAUAGUUGAAGCGGCGACCGGUAGCCGGUUCAUCGAUCGCAAGAAUAAACAAGGUGGUGGCUACAACAAUCACGACGGCGAUGGCGGUGGUGGACACUCAGAUCAGCAUCUGCAACUGAAGCAGGAGCUAUCUUCCCAGGAUCAAUUGCCACCCCAUAAUUUUCCGGGAAAUGGUGGUGGCACCCUUGCCGUUGGCGAACCUGGUGAUCAGUUUAACGAUGAUGUUCCGCAGCAGCACCACCACCAGUAACUGGAUCAAUGACCCUCGAGAGAUUUUCGUGAUAACCGUCAGUCGGAGAACGACCGUUGGCAGGAGCCUCCGGCCAACGGAGGUGGAGGUGAUGGGUGACUGUUCCUACACGGUUAAACCGACUAGAUGGCAUGCGCCCGGACAGUUCCGGAAAUACGGUCGCGUUCCUGGUUCCGAUCCCAAAUAAAAUGUACAAGCAUUACAUCACUCCGCUGUCCCAGAAUCUUCCCUUCAACAGAUCAACAGUCGAUAGUAUGCUGGAGUGCUAAUAAUAAAAUUGUGAAAUUGUGCUUUGAAAUAUAAACUAAAGUCUAAAUUACUUGUAUUUGUUAAAUAAUGACAAAUUGCAAAAUAAAUUCAAUUUUCAA